AUGAUCAACGCCUUUCUGGUCUUCAACGGCCAGGGUCAGCCCCGGCUAACCAAGUUCUAUACACAGUUGGAAACGAGCAUGCAACAGCGCCUGAUUUCCGAAAUAUUUACUCUUGUGUCGAAUCGACCGGCCGGGUCUUGCAACUUCCUCCCGCUUCCUCCCCUACUCGCUGCCUCAGGCACCUCACAUUCAUCGUCAGAAGAAGAGAACGAUGUUCCCUCCCUCGUUACCUACCGUAACUACGCGACUCUCUACUUCAUUGUCAUCUCCACCUCAACAGAGUCACCACUUGCCCUGAUCGAUUUGAUACAAGUCUACGUCGAGGCCCUCGAUAAGCUGUUUGAGAACGUUUGCGAGCUGGACCUCAUCUUCAACUUCGAAACGCUACACUCAACACUGGGCGAGAUGAUUGUGGGAGGAGUGGUCAUCGAGACGAAUCUAGAUCGCAUUGUCUCCGGCGUACGCGCGCAAGGUACCGUGGCCAAGAGACCUGUAAACGAAGGGCGCAGCGCCGGACUGGGGGGCGGACUGAGUAUGGGAGGCAACUUUGUCUGGCAUGGACGGUGA